UAGACAAACCAACACCACAUACCAAUUGUACACUAUUCGUGCGAUUAGACCUGGGCGCUGCUUACUAAUGAAUUGCGCUCCGCUAUUAUAGUUAGUCGCUUUGCAAACUUCCAACGUACAACAUUAGCUGGAAACAAACGCUGUUGAAUUCGCUUAACACUUUUAUUAGUUUAGUGCUUUAAAGAAUUAUAUUUUACUAUGGCAGCAGCAGCAUUACCCACCGAGGAACUUCUGUACGAGGAGAAGCCACUUUAUGUGCCACCAUUGCACGAAUUAAAAGAAAUUAUCCAAAGUGCUUUAGCACAAAACUUUGAGAAUGUCACCGUUGAAGUUGGUGAUUGUCCCGAUUUAACUGACCCCUUUUAUGGUCUGGUGAGCUCAGGCUUAGGUGGUUCACCACUACUGCUCGAAAUUGGUGGUCCACCAUUCUUGCUGCCGCUGGUACAGCGCUCAAAGGUGUACAAUGUCAAGGAAAUCGCACAGAAAGCACUUCCAGGCAAAGGUAAAAUUUUAGCCAUCGGUGCUGGCGCAGGUCCCUUCCCACUGCGUAACUCCAAUUGCGAAGGCAUUUUCAAUAUGGCCAUCGAUGAGGAGGGUAACCUCAAGAACGGUAGCUACACAGCUAAAGUGCACGGCGCCGAAGAGUUAUGUGUGUUGGAACGCAUUCCCGACUCAGAUCCACGUUGUGCAUUGCUAUUGAAUCUGUUCAUUAGUCGUGGCGCACCUGGCCCUGUGGUGAAGGUGAAGUGCAGUAAACGUACUGGUGAGCAGAACUUCGUCGAAUGCAUACGCAAAGGCUUGGAAUCGCACUACAAGGAGCAGUGUGUGGGCAUGGGUGGUAUAUUUGUGCUGAAGAAGGGUGCUGCACAUCAGCACGUUAUGCGUGACUUCAGCAAGACACCAUUGAAUACCGAAGAGGAGUUGAAUGAUUGGUUGAAGUUCUACAACAUGCCAGCGCAAUUGAAUGCUCUCGGCACACUGAUCACACACGAAAAUGAUUUAGAUUUGCGUCUGCAGCACUUCCAUUCCUUCUCCAAGUCCAACUGGGGUGGUCAUUAUCAUCACGACACAACCCCUGAGGUGGCUGAAUACGAGGCUUAUCUGAAUGUUGCUGAACGUGUGGUGCGUGUGGAUCGUCCCUUGGAAACUCACAAAGUGGGACGUGAUUAGAGGCUUGAAAACACUUACAUACAUAUUAUAAGAAAUUUCUCGUGACCGGACAUGAAUGAAAAAUCAAGCAGUUAAUUUUUCUAACUGUUUUGUGCAGAAAAAAAUUGUUAUGCAUUUUAUAUUAAAUAUAAUUUUGUUGAAUAAUAUAAGGAAAAUAUUACCUAAAA